GGUCGUGGGGGUCCCCUCUGGGUCGUGGGUGGGGGUGGGAUCCCCUCCGCGUGCGAUUUGAAAAUGCAAAGUUAUCUUCUAGAUUUGAAACUUUCGUGACUUGCAGGGAUUCAUACUCUUUGAUUCUCUCGGUAAAGUCUCGUGGGGUAGAACAAGAAAAUAAAUCCCGACGUUUCGGAGGCAACACAAGCAAUCAUAAUCAGGUGGGAAAACCACAGCAAUAAGUGUUUUAAAUAUAUAUAUUUUUAAAAAAUAAUUCAUCAAGGCAUCAAACACCGAAAUACAUCAAGUGAGAAAUCCGCUACGUUUCGAGCUAUGGGCCUUGCACCAUAUGGCACACGAGGAGAGAUUAGCGAGCGAGUGGGGCCUGCCGUGAUGAGAAUCUGAUUAAUUUUUUUCCGACGUAAAUAGUUUGUGAACAUUUAGCCCUAGACAAAGCCUGCAACACCCACUAACUGAUAAAAAAAAACGAAUUCCCAUUAUGCAUCGUUGGUAUUCAUUGUUAAGAGUAUUUGGCUGCUGUACAACUAACUGUGUUUCAAUCUUGAUUUUAAGCUUUCGUUACUGCAAGGAAUCCAUACGCUUUGGUUAUUUCGGUAGAGUCACGACGUUUCGGAGGCAACGCAAGCAACCAUCAUCAGAGGCGCAGGAAAGGAUGGGAUUGGUGUGGACUGUCCGAUUCGUGGCUCUACUGCAUGUGACAUUUGCCGCAACGCUCCAGCUCUCUCUGCCGGAAAGGCUGGACAUGACGGAGGGGGCGAGCUUGACUAUAAAUUGCUCCUUCUCACCGCCACCUACCGACCUGAAUUACGUCAUUGUCAAGUGGUCUAUGAUGUCCACGUACUACUCGGAGAACGUGUCUAUGCACGACAUCACCAAGAUCUACAACUCAGGAAUCGAAAUCGCCAGUACCGGAGUGGCCACGUUUGUGGGCAACGUGGAGAAGGGCGACUGCUCCCUGAGGCUCCUGCACAUCUCCUCGAGCCUCCACCCCGUGUUUAGGUGCCAGGUGAUCUGCGGACGGUGCAACACGGAGAACAACGUGGUGGAAGGAGAGGUGGUGGUGAAUGUGACGGCUACAGCCCCGCGGCCACGUGGUGGGGACGUGAGUAACGCCACUUUCGACCUCGCAGCGGUGACCUCGAACGCACAGCUUCUAUUCUCCACCAAGAGGACUGGACUGGUGGCAGCGGCGGCGGUGGUACUGGGCCUGGUAGCCGCGGCUGCCGUCACCGGCAAGUUCAAGCUCCGAAGUCUGGGAGCUCUGCGGGCUCAAUCAGGGUCUGACGAUGCUGCUGAUGAUAAACAUCAUGAAGAUCGGACUGCUGGGCCUGACGUGAACAUCAGCUCCGUUUGACACGACCCCCACCCCACUUUUACGCGAUCAACCCUGAACAUUCUCCGAGCCACACGCUCUUUUCGAGGCCAAGAAGGGGGCCAGCAAAGGCCCCCGGGGGGUGGGGGGUCGGUGUGACUCCGUGAGUCUCACAGUGGGCGUCAUUGUCCCACGAUUGUCGACCCGCUGCCUCCCGAACGAAAAAAUGGAAACAUUUUUGUUCUAUCUUACCGGGUGAGGCUGAUCUUGUUAGCUCUUUUUCAGAAGUCACCUGGCCAUAACAAAUGAUGGCUGCUCAACGAAGCGGCUUAUCAUCAUCGCGUGAAAAUUUACAGUGGCAGCUGAAUUACUUUUGCAACACGUGGUGACGUCGACUCUAAAUG